AUGGUUAACUGACCGGACUGACAGAGCAGACAAAGAGCGAGGCUUGCAUCCGGUAAAAACAAUAGUUGGGCGACUACAUUUAAUUGCUACAAUGGAUGUCACUUAUUUUGGACAAAUAUUUUCAAAUGGCAACUCUGAAGACGAGUCUUUUUGUGUCAUCUUCUGAACAAAUAUUAGUGAGUAGCUGUUUGCAUUUUGGGCGAAUCGAGCAUCUUCUGCUCGUUGUACUACAGCAGUCGCUUCAUUUCCUUCGUACGUUGGCGUCGUUCUAUUGAAGAAAAAAAAAAAUGCCGCUUGGUUUGAAACCGUGUUGUGCUGCGUGCAAGACGAACUCUUCCUCCAUGUGGAAAAAGGGAAGCCAGGGGGAGAUACUUUGCAACAACUGCACUGGGAAGAGCAGCAGCGCCACGACGGCAGGACCUUCUAUGUCAUUCAGCGCUCAGCCCAGUAAUGGCGGAGGGAAACAGUCCAAGCAGGAGAUUCACAGAAGGUCUGCGAGGCUGAGAAGUACUAAAUACAAAGCUCCUGCUUCUGAGAAGAAAGUGUCAACAAAAGGAAAAGGAAGGAGGCAUAUUUUCAAACUUAAAAAUCCAAUCAAAGCUCCUGAAUCUGUAGCAACGAUCAUCACUUCAGAAUCAGUAUUUUAUAAGGGCGUUUACUUCCAGACAGGUGAUGUGAUCAAGGUGAUAGAUGAGGAUGAUGGGAAGCCCUACUACGCUCAGAUUCGAGGAUUCGUGCAGGACCAGUACUGUGAAAAAAGUGCAGCACUAACAUGGCUCAUUCCCACUCAAGCCAGCCCAAAGGACCGGUUUGAUCCUGGGACUUACAUCGUCGGCCCAGAGGAAGAUCUGCCCCGAAAGAUGGAGUACCUUGAGUUUGUGUGCCACGCACCGUCGGAAUAUUUCAAGUCCCAGAGCUCCCCGUUUCCCACUAUCCCCAUAAGUCCUGAGAAAGGCUACAUCUGGACCCAUAUAGGACCGUCACCAGCAUUCACUGUCAAAGAGUCUAUCAGCACCACCAGUUAACAGUAUUAGUAAAAUAACCGUUAUUGUAAAUAUGCAGAAUAUGUACAUGUUUGUAUUUGUAAAUAAACCAACUUUUGUUUUUCACGA